AUGUCCGGCACAGAAACCAUCGUCGUGAUAGGAGCAGGAGUAAUUGGUCUCUCGACUGCGCUGUCAAUCCAAGAACAUUUGAGUAGCACACAGUCCGUGCUUCUCGUAGCCAGGGACUUUCCAUCGGACACCUCCAUCAACUACGCCUCGCCAUGGGCCGGAGCGCAUUAUCGUCCAGUGCCCGGAUCUUCACCACAGGCUCUGCGAGAAGCCAGUCAAGCACAGCGAACUUUCAAUUACCUUAAGAAAAUCGCUACCGAGGAGCCAGCGGCUGGUAUUAAAUUCAUCCAAGGCAUUGAGCACUUGGAAGCACCGCCGCCCGACUACUUGGACAGCCAGAGCGUGUCUAAUGUCUACCAUUUUGAGGACUUUCGUCCUCUUAAGGCCGAAGAGGUCCCUGCGGGUGUGAAAUGGGGAGUUGAAUAUGGUACAUACGUGAUCAAUUCGCCUGUAUAUUGCGCACACAUGCUGCGCAAGUUCGUCGUGAAGGGGGGGAGAACCCAGGAAUACACACUGGUGAAUAUUGAUGAGGCAUUCGCUCUCGCCGAUAAUGUGAAAACGGUGGUAAAUUGCUCCGGCACUGGGUUCGGGGACCCGAAAUCCUUUAUAAUCCGAGGCCAAACCUGUCUGGUUCGCAACCCCGUCUCUAAAACGAUCACCCGCCAAAACAAAGACGGAACCUGGUCCUUCUGCAUUCCGCGCCCCCUAGACGGCGGCACAGUCAUCGGCGGCACGAAACAACCCCACGACUGGGACCCGAACCCAUCACCAGAAAUCCGAACCCAACUCCUCAGCAACGCCUCGAAAUGGUUCCCCUUCACCUCGGAGAGCGGGGGCAAAUUCGAUGUCAUCCGCGACAUCGUGGGGCGCCGACCCGCCCGAGAAGGCGGGAUGCGGAUCGAGGUGGAGCAAAUCGGCGACGGGAAGAAUAUCGUGCACGCCUAUGGCGCCGGUGGCCGUGGAUUCGAACUGUCCCGGGGUGUUGCGGAGGAUGCGACGGCUUUGAUGUUGGAAAGUGGACUAUUGCGGGUCCAGGCUAAGGCAACUUUGUAG